AUGCCAUGGUUAUCUAAGGAGUUUGAUCUUCGGCAUGCUCUCCCCUUGGGUUUUUAUCAUGCUGCACUGAACAUUGGGGUCCAUGGUGCUAUUGUUCUUCCAUGGGGAAGUGGAUUUUUGAACACCCCCUCAUUCAUACCAGAGAAAUUUUUCUUGGGUGGUAGUUCUUCUCCAGUUUGCACCUUAGGAGGACCGACAUCAGUGUUGGGUUUUAAGUCAAGGGGACUAGGCCUGACUGAGCCACGAAGGCAAGUUAGAGAAGACUCCACUGAUGAAAGUUCUUCGGGAAGGGACUUUCUUGGAGGAGACCUUGCCGUUACUGCCUUUGCAGACCUUUCUUUUGACCUCCCAUUGAAGGUGUUCAGGCAAGCCGGUAUCCAUGGGCAUGCUUUUGCAUGUGCUGGGAGCCUUAUGAAAUUGACCGAGAAUGCCUUCAGGAGUGUCUCUUUCCAGAGAUUCCGGGAUUCGUUCCGAACUUCUGCAGGAUUUGGGAUUGUUGUACCCACCAAACUAUUUCGCAUGGAGGUUAACUACUGCUACAUACUGAAACGACAAGAGCAUGACCGUGGGAAGACUGGCGUGCAGUUUAGCUUUUCUUCACCAUUAUAAAUCUGAAAUCUUUUUUAUUUUCCUUUGAAUUUUUUGGGUGGAAUUUGUCUGAGCAUCUCAAUUUAGACGGUUAAGACUUCGGUAAUUGAAAACCUAGACAGGUUUUUGAUGCACGAAUGCUGUAAAUAAGAUACUAACAAAGGUAUCCAUACAGACUCAAUGGCCUUUUGAUGCAGAUUGGGUGAAGAAACAAUGAAAUCGUAUUAACUUCCAUAGAGUUUCGGAGGAUUUGUUUGUACUCCAUUCCUCGGUAUCAUGUCAAUGAUCUUUCUUGAGUAAUACACUUCUUUUUGCUUUUGAAAUUUAAAUGUAUUGUGGAAUUCUGCAACUGCACCUCGUGAAUUUGAAAAAGAUGACAAUGGAGGGAG